AUGAGAAAUGAAUAUCCAGAAGGAAAGACAUUGUUUUGGUGGGGAUGUAGUUCUGGCACAACCACGCUCAGUGUACUGCAGAAUGAAUCAUUUUUGGGGAAAAAAGGACCAAGAACUAUUUUUGCAAUUCAAUGUUACAGUGGCAAAGAUAUUCGGAGUUAUUCCAAGUAUCAAGCAGAAGAUGAAAUACUACUUCCAGCUGCAAGACAAUUUAAAGUCGUUGGCUGUCUUGACCAGGGUGGAGACCUUUAUAUAGUACAAUUGAAAGAAAUUAAAUCUCCAUUUGCACUUGAGUACUUUGGACCCAAAGCCAUAGUUAACAACAUGAAAGCAGAUAAACAUAAAACGAAUACAUGUGAUCAAGACACUGUUCUACGUGCAAAAAGUAGAAACGAAGCUUCGGCUGGAGCCAGCGAAUCGAAUGUUGCAUCAGAUGACGAUCCGACAGAAUACAAAGAUGCAGAGGAUUCCUUUGAUGAAAACAAGGAAAAAGGUGCACGAUGUUUGGAACAAAAGAUGGCUGAUGUGAAUCUGUCUAAUGAAAUGCGUGUACCGACGUUAAAUAAUGCUCGAAUCCGUGUGAAGCGACCGGAAAUGAAACCUGGUGUAUUACGACAACAAAAGCCAGAAGCACUACCGAAGCCAGUAGUGCCAUCGCCAAACCAAGGACUCAAACAGGAGGAAUCUGAAAACUCUGAUGAUACAGACAGUGUUGCUAGUAAAUCUGUUGCUGGCGAUUUAAAUGAUACAUCAAUGUUUAAAAAGAAUACAGUAUUUAUUCGUGGUUUACCAUCGACUAUGAAGAAGCAGCGUCUGUUUGAUACACUAUGGGAUGAAUUUUGUACUGUUGGUAGAAUUAAAAUUGAUGAAGAAACAGAGAAGCCAUCCAUCUAUUUAUCUAAAAAUAAAAAAAAUAAGGUUCAACGAAGUCGUAAUGCAGAAAUUACAUUUGAAAACGAAGAAGCAGUAGCUGAAGCAAUUGAAAAAUAUAACGGACAACGUAUAUCGAACUUAGAUAAUGUCGAAAUCCAUGUGAAAAUGGUGAAAAAGAAAGACCAUAAUCCAUUGCCUCAACCAAGUGAAUUAAUGACAACAACACAAGUAACCAUUCCUGCAAGAUUAACUCGUUUUGUCAUCGGCCCAAAAGGUUCGAAAAUAUCACAAAUUCGUCAAGAAACAGGAGCAACAAUAAAAAUUGAUAAUAAACUAGUGUCAGGCACCAAUGAUCAAUUAAUAACAAUAACAGGUAAUCCAGAUCAAAUUCAACAAGCACAACAACUUCUUCAAGAAGCUAUUAUCCAAUCGGGAGAAUGGAAUCAAUAA